GCGUAAAAAUAUUACCGCGGAUAUUUUUGAUUGUUAGUUCUUCCAGAGCAAGUUCAGUUUGUAAAGUGUUCAAUUCUAAUUGUUAACAAAAUAUAAGAGAUCUUAAAAACUUAAUCUACAGAUUAAUAUAUAUAUUAAAUAUAUCGAUUUAAUAUACAUUAAAAAUAACAAUGUCAAUUCCACCAAACGCAAGACCACGUUUUCGUAUUACUUCACCUCAACUAAUUGGAAAAAUUGGUAUUCGUCCGGUCAUGACCUUUACGGGUCCCAGGAUGUCUUUUCGACCAAGAAUACCACCUUCUGUUAAUGUAUUUAGACCAUUAUUGAUUGCUGACACCUUUAAGCCACGCGGCGGUUCAAUUUCUGUUCGUCCGAGGGCAAUAUUAGCAUCGCCCCAGGCUGCAAAACCUGAUUCUAAUGCUACUGAUGUGUCAUCAUUUUCGUCAACUUCAAGUUCAUCGUCUAGUUGCACUCAAAUUGAAGACUCCAUAGCUAAUUUUGGUGUUGCUGCUGCUAAGCCGAAAGGCGAAGGGCACGGAGAACGUGGUGGACGUAAUCGUGGUGGAGCGCAUGCACCAUUGUUGGAUUCCUUGUUUACACGGCCACAAACUUGUGUUUCCAAAAUGGGUGAAACUGGACGCCAUGUCACUCUCGAUACGAACUAUUUCAAGAUCUUAAAGAAACCCGAAUGGAACAUUUAUCAAUAUAGAGUAGAUUUUGUACCGGAAAUAGAUAUGAGCUUUGUUCGUCGUACAUUAAUUGCCCAACAGAAGGCAAAAUUUGGUGGAUAUAUAUUUGAUGGGACAAUGCUUUUUACUACUAAUGAUUUAAGAGGUACUAAAAAGGGGCAUGAAUUCCAUUUAACGUCUGAGUAUCAUGAUGGAAAGACGGUGCUUAUUAAUUUUAAAAAUGUUGGAAUUGUGGAUCCAAAUGAGGCUCAACUGUUCCAAGUAUUGAAUUUAAUCUUACGUCAAUCAAUGGUUGGACUAGACUUACAAAGGAUAGCCCAUAAUUUUUUUGAUCCUUAUGCUAAGAUGAACAUUGACCCGUGUCAUAUAGAAAUCUGGCCGGGUUAUAUUACAUCCAUUCGUCAACAUGAGCGCGAUAUUCUUCUCUGCGCUGAGAUUACACACAAAAUAAUGCGCAUCGAAAGUCUUUACAGCAUACUUCGUCAACUAACGGUCGAAACUAAAGACUAUCAAAAAGCUUUUAAGACUGAAGUCAUUGGCUCUAUUGUGCUAACUGAUUAUAACAAUAAAACUUAUCGUAUAACUGACGUUGAUUUUGCGAGUUCUCCUCUAUCGACAUUUUCAUUGAAAGAUACGAAAGUUUCAUUUGCUGAAUAUUUUAAAUCGCGUUAUAAUCUAAUCGUCACCGACUCCAGUCAACCAAUGUUAAUAUCGAAACCAACCAAUAAGCAUAUACGUGGCGGUCAAGAAGAAUUUAUCUCAUUGAUUCCAGAGUUCACGCGUGCAACUGGUAUAACUGAUCAUAUGAGAACAAACGUUCGUUUCAUGAAAUCGAUGAGCGAUCAUACUCGGCUUAAUCCGGAAAGGAGACUAGAGCGCUUAAGAAAUUUCAACGAACGUCUCAAUUCUUCUGCUAAAAGUACACAGGUUCUUCAAGAGUGGAAUAUGAAAUUGGAUAAGGAUUUACUUAAAAUUCCAGCACGUAUUUUACCCUGUGAAAAAAUCUUACUAGGUCGUGGUGUUCGAUAUAUAUGUGAUGGGAAAGCUAACUGGACCCGUGAGUUCCGAAACUGUUCAAUGUUUUGUAAUGCCAAAAUAAGUCGUUGGCAAGUAAUCCUUCCAUCGCGUUAUUGUCGUGAAACUCAAUCGUUUGUUCAAAUGUGUAUCAAGGUAGCAAAAAAUAUGAGUUUGGUAUUGGUCCCACCAAAAUACAUUGAAAUGGAUGACGAUCGUAAUAAGUCUUAUACAACCGCAGUUGAAAUGGCAUCAUCAGAGGAUCCUCAAAUUUUAAUGAUUGUUAUUCAACAACCCAACGAGGAAAAGUACUCUGUCAUUAAAAAGAAGUGUUGCAUCGAUCGUCCCAUAGCUUCACAAGUUGUGACUAUGAAAAUGAUAGCACCUACUUCAGGAAAAAGUGCAGGUUUGAUGUCAAUCGCUACUAAAGUUGUCAUACAAAUGAACGCCAAACUUCGUGGUAUUCCUUGGAUGAUUGAUCUACCUCUCAAGGGUCUAAUGACAGUUGGAUUUGAUGUUUGUCAUUCUUCCAAGGAUAAGAAUACCUCUUAUAGCGCCCUUGUUGCCACAAUGGAUGUGCGCUGUUCAUCAAGAUAUUUUUCGGCUGUUAGUAAGCACCAAAAAUUUCAAGAGCUGUCCAAUGAUAUUAUACUGCAUUUCACAUUCGCUUUGAGAGCAUAUGCUAAAGAACACGGAACUUUACCUGAAAGAAUUCUGUUUUAUAGAGAUGGUGUCGGCGAUGGUCAACUGCAUCAAGUAGUAAAUACUGAGCUUAACCAUUUACGAAUCAAGGCACAAGAAAUCUAUGAAGCGGCUGGAAAACAUGAAAUUGUACCACGUUUCGCUUUCAUAGUUGUUUCCAAACGUUUAAAUACUCGGCUGUUCAUUAAUAAUUGUAAUCCACCACCAGGAACAGUUGUAGAUGAUAUUAUAACAUUGCCGGAACGUUAUGAUUUCUUCAUAGUUUCACAAAGUGUACGCCAGGGAACGGUUUCUCCAACGAGUUAUAAUGUAAUUUACGAUACCAUGGGUCUCACUCCAGAUCGUAUACAAAUGCUUACUUACAAAAUGACCCACAUGUACUAUAAUUACACAGGUACCUGUCGUGUCCCGGCUGUUUGUCAGUAUGCACAUAAGUUGGCUUAUUUAGUUGCUGAAAGCAUACAUUGUCCACCCUCUCAAUUGCAUGAAAAAAAUUUAUACUUUUUGUAAAAGUUAAUAUUAAUA